UCGAGCGUCAACAAUUCACGUGGGCAACGGACAACAAUCCGUUGACUUAUUACAAGACGCAAGAUACGAUGAGCAACACGAUCGGUCGUUAGAUGUACUUCAUUGACCAGUCCGACUUCACCUCCAAGCGUAUUCCGGGCCCCUCGAACAAGGCAGCGGAUACUCUCUCACGAAGACCCUAUCUUUGCGCCUUGGUGCACUCCACAUUUGGCCUCGAUGAGGACCUGCAACAACAUUUCGUAAAUGGCUACAAGUCGGAUCCGGGAUUCUCCACACUCUACGCAGACUUAUCAUCGGAUCACCCGCCGGCAAGCAAUUAUCGCAUUGUCGACGACUACUUGCUUCUCCAUACACGAGGCAAGGACUUGUUGUAUGUUCCCCAAGACCGCAUCUUGCGCACUCGCCUCCUUGGCGAAUACCACGAUUCGUGGUUGGCGGGACACCUUGGCGUCGCAUGCACACUUGCACGACUCUGCCAGCGAUUUCACUGGCCGAACAUCAUCAGCAACGUCAAACGGUACAUUCAGUCAUGUGCAGUUUGCCACCGGAACAAAGGGCGUCAUCAGCUCUCGUACGGCGAACUGAAACCAUUGCCGAUUCCUCGGGAACCAGGUCUCUCCAUUGCUAUGGAUGUGACCGGUCCUUUCCCUCGCGAUCGCCUUGGCCACGAUGGUAUUCUCACCGUCGUUGACCGUUUGAGCAAGUACGUUCGAUUUCUUCCAUGCAAGUAUCAUGCGACGGCUCUUGAGCUUGCACGACUCUUGCACACCGGCUGGUUUUGCAGCCACGUCGUUCCGGAAGACAUCGUCAGCGACCACGACACUCGUUUCAUGUCAACCUUUUGGACACUCGUGAUGGAAUCCGGCACCAGCAUGAAACCGAGUUCCGCACGGCAUCCUCAAACGGAUGGGCAAACGGAACGUGCGCACCAGACUACGCAGAUGAUGCUCCACACACUCAUCCGCCCGGAUCAAGAGGACUGGGUUGACCGCCUUCCCGACAUGGAGUUCGCCUACAACACUUCGGUGCACCCGACGAUCGGCGUGACUCCCUUUGAGUUGCAUUACGGUGGACGGAAAGGCCGUAUCUUCGCAGACAUUUUGCUUCCACGGGCUGCCGAUAUUGACACCGCUUGCUCCCCUGCUUCUACAUGGAAGUACAGAGAACUGCUGGCCAAAGCCCGCGCAAAUAUGCAAAAGGCUCAGCUCUGUAUGCAGCAGCAAGUGAAUCGGCGUCGCAUCCCAUGUCCAAUCCGCGCCGGCGACCUUGUUUGGGUCACCUUCGAGGAAUUCGCGCUCGAGCAGCACGUCUCGUGCAAGCUCCUCCCUAAGUGGUUUGGUCCACGGAAGGUCACUUCAGCAGCUGGCGGUGACCUCGCGGGUCCCUCUUUCAUGAUCGAGAUUUCCCCGCAUUUGAGGGUCCACCAAGUAUUUCACUCUUCAAAGCUGGCGGUCUAUACUCCAGCCUCAGCAGCGGAUUUCCCGGGCAGACGGUCACACGACCCUUCAUCAAUGAAUAGUCACCAGGAGGUCGACCGCGUCCUCGCUCAUCGCAAGCACGACAACAAGCCAAUGAAGUACAAAGUUACAUUCAAGCAAUGCAAUCCCGACGACACACGCUGGAUUUCACGAGCUGACAGCACCCCUCAUCUUCGCGCAUUACGAAAAACAGCGACUUGCUAAGGAAGCUGCCCAACCCGCCGCCCCGUACGGACAUCGGACAAAC